AUGGAGUUUGUGAUGAAACAGGCCCUGGGAGGAGCCACCAAGGACAUGGGGAAGAUGCUGGGUGGUGACGAGGAGAAGGACCCUGAUGCCGCCAAGAAGGAGGAGGAGCGCCAGGAGGCGCUGCGGCAGGAGGAGGAGGAGCGCAAGGCCAAGUAUGCCAAGAUGGAGGCCGAGCGCGAGGUCAUGCGGCAGGGCAUCCGCGACAAGUAUGGUAUCAAGAAGAAGGAGGAGCGGGAGGCGGAGGCACAGGCGGCCAUGGAGGCCAACACCGAGGGCAGCCUGACUCGUCCCAAGAAAGCCAUCCCUCCGGGCUGCGGAGAUGAGCAGGAGGAGGAGGAUGAGAGCAUCCUGGAUACAGUCAUCAAGUACCUGCCUGGGCCGCUGCAGGACAUGUUCAAGAAGUAG